ACCUGCGGCAGCCGCCAGCCUGCAGUCGGACUCAGUAUCACGCUCUGCAUCUCGCUUUGGGCUGUGGGUUGGCACUGCAGCUGGGCCUCGCCAUGAGCUGUAGUAUUAAGCAGACAACUGGCUCUCUCAGGGGCAGGACCAGCGGUGGCAGCUGUGUGAUCGGUGGUGGCGGUGGUGGUGGCGCAGCGCGGAUCUCCUCGGUCUCCUCCGGAAGAUACACGACUUGCGGGAUAGGCGGUAGCCGAGGGUUUUCUGGGAGAAGCUACUGCGGUGGUGUGAAUUACGGAGGAGGACUGAGCACCGGCAGUUUGGUCGGUGGAAAUUACGGAGGUGGCUUAGGAGCCGCUGUCCUCGGAGGAUGUCAGGGCAUGGGGUUCAGUGGUGGCAGCGCUCGCUUCGGCGGUGGCAUGGGAGGUGGCAUGGGGAUGGGUCUCGGUGGAGGUGGUUUUGCUGGUGAUGGCAUUCUUCUUUCUGGUGACGAAAAGGUCACCAUGCAAAACCUGAACGACCGCCUGGCUUCUUACCUGGACAAGGUGAGGUGCCUGGAACAAGAGAAUGCUGAUCUGGAGUGCAGGAUCAGGGAGUGGUAUGCCAAGCAGGGACCUUUUUGUGAGCCACGGGACUACAGCUGCUAUUACAAAGAAAUAGAAGAUCUUCAGAACCAGAUUGUCUGCGCAACCAUAGACAACAACAAGAUCAUUCUGAACAUCGAUAACAGCAGGAUGACAGCCGACGACUUCCGAGUGAAGUACGAGACGGAGCUGGCCCUGCGCCAGAGCGUGGAGGCCGACAUCAACGGGCUGCGUCAGGUGCUGGACCAGCUGACACUGUGCAGGUCUGACCUGGAGGCACAGCUGGAGUCGCUGCGGGAGGAGCUCUGCUGCCUGAAGAAGAACCACGAGGAGGUA